UCCGCCUAUCCUCUUAAAAAGUUUCUGUUCCAUUAAACAUAACAAAUCAUCACACAAAGAUACAGCUUUCAUCAUCCUCCUCUCCCAAUAUAUUUUUUCUUUAUAUUAUUAUUAUUUUUAUUUUAAAACUGAUAAUUUCGAACGAAACAGAAUGUUUAUUUUAUAAAAAGAAAAGGAAAACUUGUUAUAUAUAUGUAUACAUAAAGAUGGAAAUCCAAGUUUAUCUUCUAAAUCCAACUAACCUUAAAUUCUCUCUUCUCUCUAUUUUACUUUUUUUUUUUACUUUUUUUUUGGGGCUAUUGUCGGUGAAUUUGGAUUUUUUCUCAUCCUCAUCCUCCAUCAUCAUAAUACCUACCUGCUGCAAGCUCUCUCCGACAUAUUUAUUCUCCUCUCUAAAAGCUUUCGAUCGAAAGGUCUCUUACAAACCCACCACCCUCGAAAAGUCUUUUUUUCUCUUUGGAGGGUUUUUUUUUUCAUAAAAAAAAGAUCCUCUGCUCCAUGGACGGCGGCGCAGUAGCUGACGUGGCAGUCGCCGGUACGAGGAAGAGAGAGAGACCUUACAAAGGUAUAAGGAUGAGGAAGUGGGGAAAGUGGGUCGCGGAGAUUAGAGAGCCAAACAAGCGGUCUAGGCUAUGGCUCGGCUCUUACUCGACCCCUGAGGCGGCGGCUCGUGCUUACGACACGGCGGUUUUCUAUCUUAGAGGACCCUCGGCGAGGCUUAACUUCCCUGAGCUUCUUCCUAGAGAGAAAUUCUCCGACGAGGAUAUGUCUGCUGCUACGAUCAGGAAAAAAGCUACGGAGGUCGGUGCUCAGGUUGAUGCUUUAGGUACGGCGGUUCAGAAUAACCGCCACCGUGUCUUUGGUCAGAAUAUAGAUAGUGAUGAUGACAAGAAGAAUUUUCAUCGGAAUUAUCAAAACGGUGAAGAAGAAGAAGAUGAUCAGGAAGAGGAUGACAAGGGACUGAAGAGUGGCGGCCGGUUCUUGGAUCGGGUUGACUUGAAUAAAUUACCCGACCCGGAAAGCUCCGAUGAAGAAUGGAAAAGCAGAUAUUAAUUAAAAAAAAAUACUUUUUUAUUUUAUUUUGGAGCGGUGGCUGUUGCUAACGUAAGCUGCGGCUUUGCUUCUACGAAUCACUAGCGCCGUUCAUGAUUUUUUUUUUUUUUUUUUUUUUUUUUUUUUUUUUUUUUUUUUUUUUUUUNUUUCCUUUAUUGCGGGUUUUGCGGUUUAUGGAUUUUUAGGCUAUUGCUUAAAGGAUGCAAAAAUGUAUAUUAAAGCUACUCAUUAAUACUCAUUAAAUGGAAAAUUUCGCCCUA